GGAGGUCACUUGUAGUAACUGCUGCUCGGGGAGAGAGCUAGAAGACGACAGAGGAGUCGGCGCUAUGAGGCAGCCUCCCUCCUGGGCGCUCAUCAUGGGCUGGGAUGUGCUGUGCCUGCUGCUGCUGGUCACCUAUCACACAGCAGAUUCCUCUCCCACAAUAUCUGUCUCUGGAAGGCAACUUGUGAAUGCAGGAGACACAUUCAAGGUGUCUUGCACAGAUUCUGCCCCAGUAGAAUGGUACCUUCAAAAGCUGGGACAUGGUAAGAAGCCAAGGCCUGUUCUUCGCUCACAACAGAAAUCCUUCAGUGGAGGGUCCAACCUCAUAAUCUUAAAGGCAGAGCGGAAACAUACCGGAAAAUACAUCUGCGCCAAUAAAGGUGUCAUUCCUACAGAUAAUAACGCCAUCUAUCUCUUUGUUAAAGAUUUAAGCAACCCAUUCCUUGAGUUUCCGAUAUAUUAUGAUGUGAGAGAAGGUGAAGAUAUUUCCGGCAUCUGUUUUGUCUCCGACUCGGAAGUUACCGAUUAUUCUAUUAGAAAAUAUGACAAAUCCCCCCUGCCCAAAGGUUUUGUGUAUGAAAGUGACAUUGAAAACGGCAUUACCAUAAAAAAUGUACAGACAAAUUUCAUCGAUUACUAUGUGUGUUCUGUGAAUCAAAAUGGAGUUGUUAAGACCUCCCAGGAGUUUAGAUUGGUGGUGACCCCAGUUCAGAAAAGAAAACCUGUAGUUUCUCUUACAAAAUCUAGACUGGUUCUGAAAGCAGGGGAACCAUUGGAGGUGACCUGUGUGGUGAGGGAUGUUAACACUGUGGAGGUCAACUGGCUAGAUGCACCAACCAUGAAGUCCGCUACAAACAGCAAGUACCUAUCCGGUACAGUAUUUGAACGAAACAACACUCUUAGCAGCCGUGCAGUCCAGCUUAAUGAUUCUGGCGUAUACACCUGUCAAGCCAGGAACAGUAUCGGUGUGAGCAAAGCCACCUUCACAUUAGAUGUCCUUGAAACUGGAUACAUCAGCCUGUCUGUAAUGGACAACACCACACUUGAUGUGGGUGUAAAUGCUGGGGACAACAUCAUACUGCAGGUCUAUAUUGAAGCAUAUCCUCAACCAGAUGAAGAAUUGUGGACUUUCAUGAACGAGACUGUUCUCAACACCUCUGACCAUUUUGUACAGUCGCGAGACGAAGGCAACAAUAGGUAUGUUAGUGAGCUACAUCUGAUCCGCCUGAAAGGCAACGAGAAGGGAAUCUAUAUGUUUUAUGCCUCGAAUUCCGAUGCCAACUCGUCUGUCAGCUUCAACAUAUCAGUGAAGACAAAACCAGAAAUCCUCAUAGUUGAGAAACUGGGUAACGAUAUGCUGCAGUGUGUGGCAACGGGGUACCCUGCGCCUUCCAUUGACUGGUUAUUCUGUCCGGGAUCUGACUCCAGGUGUACGGAUUCUCCGGCAAUAAUGCCAGUUGACACAAAGCAGAGCAUGGAAAACUCCUCUCUUGGGCGCACAGUUGUAGAAAGUAUCAUUGAUGUGAGUUCUAUUAAAGAGAAGAACGGCACCGUUCACUGCAUCGCCUACAAUGAUGUGGAGAGGAUUACGUCUAUAUUCAGUUUUGCUGUGACAGCAGAUAUGGGUUCCCACACGCUGUUUACGCCCUUGCUGAUCGGAUUUAUAGUAGCCGCCGCGGUGAUGUGCGUGGCCACGGCGGUCCUCAUGUACAAGUACUUGCAGAAACCAAAGUAUGAAAUUCAGUGGAAAGUAGUGGAAGAAAUCAAUGGAAAUAAUUAUGUUUACAUCGAUCCAACGCAACUUCCUUAUGACAACAAGUGGGAGUUCCCUAGAGACAGGCUGUGCUUUGGUAAGAUUCUGGGUGCUGGCGCUUUUGGUAAAGUGGUUGAGGCCACGGCAUACGGCCUAUUGAAGGAAGACAAUGCACUCACAGUUGCUGUGAAAAUGCUGAAACCGAGCGCCCAUGCUACGGAGAGGGAAGCCCUUAUGUCUGAGCUGAAGGUCCUGAGCUAUCUUGGCCAUCACAAAAACAUUGUAAACCUUCUGGGAGCCUGCACCGUGGGAGGUCCAACCCUUGUCAUCACUGAAUAUUGUUGCUAUGGAGAUCUUUUGAAUUAUCUACGGAGAAAACGUGAUUCCUUCAUCUGCCAAAAAUUUGAGGACCAUUCAGAAAGUGCCCUUUACAAGAACCUCCUCAACUCAAGGGAACAUGUUUGUGAUGAAUUGAGUGAGUACAUGGAUAUGAAGCCUGGCGUUUCUUACGUGGUGCCAUCCAAGUCAGACAAAAGAAAAUCAGGUUCCUAUGUUGAUCAGGAUGUCACCAUUGCAAUGCCUGAAGAAGAUGAUUUAGCCCUAGAUACAGAAGAUCUGAUUAGCUUUUCAUAUCAAGUUUCACAGGGCAUGAACUUCCUGGCGUCUAAAAAUUGCAUUCACCGAGACCUUGCAGCAAGAAAUAUUCUCCUCACUCAUGGUCGGAUAACAAAAAUUUGUGACUUUGGCCUUGCUAGAGAUAUCAAGAAUGACUCGAAUUAUGUGGUUAAAGGAAAUGCUCGACUCCCAGUGAAGUGGAUGGCACCUGAAAGUAUUUUUCAUUGUGUGUAUACAUUUGAAAGUGACGUCUGGUCUUAUGGGAUCCUGCUUUGGGAGAUCUUUUCUCUGGGAAGCAGCCCAUACCCUCGUAUGCCGGUGGACUCCAAGUUCUACAAAAUGAUAAAGGAUGGUUACCGCAUGCUGAGCCCAGAUUGUGCACCAGCCGAGCUCUAUGAGAUAAUGAAGAGCUGUUGGAACAGCGACCCGGUGAAGCGACCGACCUUUAAGCAGAUUGUACAGAUGGUGGAACAGCAGCUUUCAGACAGCAAGGGGCAUAAGAUUUCAAACGGCUCUCCUGUGUGUCUGAACCACGUCCCUGUGGAUCAUUCCGUGAGGAUCAAUUCAGUGGGGAGCAGCACAUCAUCUACUCAGCCCUUACUGGCCAACAGGGAACGCUGAAGACCCCUUCAUGUCGCCUCUCUCUGCUUGUGGAUCUUAUCUUCACACACAUUUCCAAAUGUUACAACAUUGUCGCAAUCCUACUGAGCUGCUGAAUUUCAAGACAGAACGUUCGCUGGCAUUGCUGAUUCAUGUGAUAGCAGAAGAAAUAGACUUUAGGUAUAUUCAAACAUUUUGUCACACGUUGUUUCCUUGUGAAAAUCAUAUGGAAACAACCUACUGCAUGAAAGCUCGACCUGUGUGUCAGUGACCGGUGGUGGAUUAUGGAUAAAGACUUGAGAUCCUGGAUUUAAAGCUUCUGAGAUCACUGAUCCAGGAAUUUUCGAAGAGACUUAAAGGCAUUGUUAAUUGACUUGUAGCAUUAAAAAAAAAACUCAGUGCAAAAGCUGAAUCCUGCUGAACCGCUUCUGCUGUGUGACCAGACACGCGUACGUCUCCAGUGUCUUGCUACUGAUUCAUUUCUCCUAUACAGUAUAUUUCAUGCAGAUAUUUAUUGACCAUUCUCAUGCACUUAUUCACAUUGAUAGAUACAGCAAAUAUUGUUAUUCGAGUUAAAUUAUUUGGAUAUAUAACUUUCAUCUUUAGUACCAGAGGGAUGCUUUGCUUUGUAUAGAAUGGGUCAAAGCACAAAUUACUGAUCGGUGGAUUGCUGAACUACAGCUACCAUAAUCCUUGGACGAUUCAUGACAGUUGUAUAUUCGGUCAGAUGAAUAUCAUAGACCUGUCUUACUGAGAUCCCUUUCUUCUAAUGCAUUUUGGUUCUAUACAAAAAGGUGGGCUGAGGCAUUACCCUGUAUUUGCACUGCAUCUGUCUUUUUUGCACCUUUUUAAAAUGUCAAAUAUUUUCCAAAAAAAAUAAAAAUAAGAAUGCUUUGGCAUUUUGCCUCUGGCCAUUCAGGGAUGGUAGGAAUUCCUCUGUAUGAUCGCAGACAAAUCACUUAGAAUAUGCCUGUUAACCAAACCAUUAAUACGAAAGGUACUUUUUGGGGGCACUUAGUCAAACACUUUUAUUUUAAUGGUUUAAGAUGUUAUAUUUUUGUACAUUUUUACGGCAACUGUUACUUUCAAUGUGACUGGAUGUUAACAUUUCGUUCUUAUGUUUUAUUUUGUGUUGUUUUUUUCUGUAAAUAUGGAAAAUGUAGCAUUUUUUUGCGUUUACCCCUUCCCUUUACUCAAAAUAUUUUUGUAUGUAUGUACAUAGGUGUAAUUAGUGUUGCAAGUUUCAAGACAUUUGGGGUAUGUUGCCUGAUUGUUAUAAAGAGUUGUUAAUAAACUGUUUCGUCAUGUUACAAGUUUUCCUUAUUGCAUGAAAACAUGGAGACCAAAGCACUCCUCUCUAUUUCCCAUGCUAGAUGUAGGCUAGCUUCACCGCUUAGCCUAUAUGCGUAGUUGGUGCUGUCUUUGUGUUGACAAGCCUUUAUUCUCACAUGGCUGAAGGCAAAGAACAGUACUGAAUGCUACUGUCAAAUUGAAUGUAGUUGUAGUAUCAGACAUGUAAGGGAAACUGUCUUCAAUACAGCCUACCUUAAAAUUGGGGCAUCUGUUUGUUGUAAUUGUACUCACUAUCUGAUAGGCUAUUUCAGGA